AUGCAGACUGAUUCUGGUGUUUCACUCGAGCACGUACACCGCGCCCACGUCGCCUCGCUCGCCUCGCAGCUCGUUCCGGACGCCCUCACCUCGACUGACCACCUCCUCUCGCUCGCCCUCCCCUCGCCCUCGCGGCCUUUGACGCCCCUCGCGAUCGGUCACGACGAACGCAAUAUCGAUUUCUGGGAUGAUCGGAAGGUGCGCGAGUGGGAGAAGGGGGCGAGCGAGGUCGAGCGCUGGGAGAUGAGCAAGGGACAGGUCGAGGAGGUCAAGCGGGUGCGGAAGGAUCUGGCGGACGCAGUCAAGGAUGCCCAGGAGUUCGAAGCGACGUCUCUGACAGCAGACGCCUGGCUCUUCCCGCCCCGAGUCUCGGACGAUCUCCUACUCGCUCGAACCGACAGAUCAAGGUGGGAGACGGGCAUGGCGACAUUCGACCCGAGCGAAGUCGUCCCGAACUUGCUGAAGCCGCUGGCGGAAGCGCUUCCUCCCGACUUCGACGGCGACUUGCUCGCGCUUGAGCGAGUCCCUCCUCCUGCCGAGCUCUACGAGCUCAAGCUCGUCGCUACGCCUGAACAGCUCGCGCACGUCAAGGAGACGCGGCUCGACUUCGUCCAGAGAGCUAAAGAGGCGAAGUCUUCUGCGCUCGCUAAUGUUGAUGAGGAGGAGUGGCGCGACAUGGUCGGCUCGCUGGACCUGCCAAAGUCGCCUCGCAUCGGCUCGCCACCCAUCUUCCCUCGUCCCAAAUCUGCGUUCGUCGACCCCGCCGCCGACACGAUCCACGCUUUCCUGCCGUCGGAAGUCAGCGCCUACCCUUCUUCGCCUCGAGGAGCAGACUACCUGCGUGCUGAGUGGGACAGGGAAGACGCACUCACCCUUCCACCUUCCUCGCCGCCAACGUCGACUCGGUCUGAGAAGGUCAACGGCCCUCAGCAAGUCUGGUCGAGCUCGCAGGUUGGCGACUUGCCGCAGAACAACGACUUGAGCAUCGGCGACUGGUGGGAGGACGUCAGCGCCUUUGCCGAGGAUGAGGUCGAGGUCGACCAGCUCGAUUCCGACUACGAAGACGACGCGCCGAGUGUUACCACGACCAGCGACGCGUAUGCGCACGGCAAGCGGAGAUGGGAUGUGCUGAGCUCGGAUCAGACGAUCGGCGAGCAUCGACCGGACGAUGAAGGCGCCGUAAUCGCCCAAGCCCGUCUUCCUGUCCCGAAGCUCGCCUUGGUUUCGGCAACGCUUCCCGCCGCCCCAAGUCUGCCUCGCCCAGCCGACUUUGCGCGCAAGUCCGGCACGCCCUUCGCCCAGUCUCUGCUUCCCGGCCUUCGCUCCCUCACGAUCGAACUCAGCUGGCAAGCAUGGAGGCUGCCGCCCGGCGAGACGCUCGAGGAUGUCCUCGACGACGGCGGCGCCGACUUGGCUGCACCAGACGAGAGCGCCGGUCUUCUCCCGUCAAUCGACACCGCUCAGCAACCAGACGAUGACUUCGACUUCGCCUCCAAAGCGCUAACAAUGAGCGCGACGUGCCGCCGAAGCUCGUCCGACGAGACUCUCUCGCCUCGAGUCAAAGCGUUCGGCUUGGACAGCAAGUAUCUCGAACGCCAGCAGCCGAACGUCGCCCCGUCUGGAGAAGAAGUGGAGCAAGGGUCGCAGCUGUGGGCGGCCAUUGACGAGGCAGAGCAGGACGAGGCGGAGACUGGCGCACUCGCGCUCAUCCAGCUAGCCUCGUCUGAAUCGUCUGCGUCGCCUAGGUCGCCUGAGGCAGCAGUCUCGCCCGCGCACGAUCAACUACCGCCUGAUGGCGAGCCGCAGGCCGGCCCGAGCGACGACUCGAGCGACUUCGGCUUCAUCUUUCCCUCGUCCAGUCUCGACAAGGAGGAAGGCGGGAGUGUCGACCCGGAAGCGGGCGAGGCGGAGGCCGGUUUGCACGCCACGGAGCACGACACGCGGGCACCGCCACCCGCUCACCUCGAUGAGCCUGUUGCGUCGACCGGUUCGCCAACGGCUGAGCCUGCGGUCUCUCCCCUGCCGGUUCCGACCUGGUCAAUGGCUAGCGCGCUCGACCACUUCCUCGCAGCUCGAGGAGCGCCUCUGCCGACUAGCUUCGCUAAGACGCCGCCAACGAAGCACAAGAAACAGUCGGCGUCUACCAAGCCCCCCGUCGCUCCUCAGCAGCGGUCAUCCCCUCCGCCAGGCGCCAUCCCGUUCACGGCACCUUCUUUCGUCGCUCGUUCCAGCCAUCUCCGUUCUGCCAGCGACACCAUCCGAGUCGUCGGCUUCGACUCGAUCUUUCAGAUGCGGUCGCACUUCCUCGCCUUUCAGCACAACGGCAUCGUGCCCGUCCACCGUCCUUCUCGCUUCCCUACAUCGUCCAACGAGAUCUUCGAGCCGCAUCUGAUCAUCAACCCCUCCGCCGCCGUCCUGUACAUCAAGCUCGCCUCGCUCAUCGGAAAUGCGGUCCCUUCUCCGACGCAGUCCACCUCAGCUCGCGCAGAACCCGUCUUCACGACCCUCGCGCGUCUCUCCGAGCGCUUCGACCGCCUUGUCGUCAUCCUCGAGGAACAGCAGACCCGCGUCGGAUCGGUCAAAAGCUACUCCUUCACGCCGCCCGUACUCGCCGCGCUCAACCAGCUUGCGACUGCUCUCUCCGAAUACCGUGACGGACAGCAUGGCAUCGAAUUUGCACUCUCGAAGGGCGCAGACCAUUCAGCAGAGUUGACGAGGUGGUUCAUCGAGUGGUCGCGAGAGAAGGACGCCGAAAAGGCAGACCUGCCGGUCGUGGAUCUGUGGGACGGGCGAGCAUGGCUUUGCGACGACCCGACGGAGGACGAAGCAGCGCUGCUUCAGCAGCCCGACCUAAACGAGCUCUCCGCGUCCGCCAUCCUCGCCAUCGCAUCGCUCAACGACUUUCUCGGCAUGUCGGCGAGUGACAGGCGCGCCAUCUUCGGCUCAAUCAUUGGCUUCGACCGCAUCGACCGCAUCUCGCACGCUCUCAGUGGCCAGUCCCGCCCUGGCUCCACCGCUUCUUUCGGGUCACGCGAGCUCGACGCUCAGCCUGUCCAGCCACUCUCGGCCAUGGCAGCAAGCGGACAAGACGGCUUGUGGAAUAACGAGGACGACUUCGACUUUUCCGAGUUCGUAGACAUCUCGCAAUGA